AUGACAUAUUCGACUGGUGCUUAUCCGUAUGGUUUAGCUGUUAGUGACUUUAACAACGACACCCGAUUGGAUAUCAUCGUCGCUAAUUAUUAUGAUAACACUGUAAGCGUACUUCUCGGUUAUGGCAAUGGUUCUUUUGCAAAUCGAAUGGCAUAUUCAGCUGGCAUUACUCCAUUCAAUGUAGCUGUUGGUGACUUUAACAACGACACUCUAUUUGACAUUGUCGUCACUAAUACCGAUAGCAACACUGUAAGUGUACUUCUAGGAUAUGGUAACGGCUCUUUUGCAAAUCGAGUAGCAUAUUCAACUGGCACCUAUCCAGGAUUUGUAGUUGUGGCUGAUUUUAACAAUGAUACUAAUUUAGAUAUCAUCAUCACUAAUGGUGAAGACAACACAAUAAGUGUACUUCUCGGAUAUGGUGAUGGCUCUUUUGCAAUGCAAACAACAUAUUCAACUGGCGACGGGCCAAAUGGUUUAGCUGUUGGCGAUUUCAAUAACGACACUCGACUAGAUAUUGUUGUAAGUAAUUCUGGAAAUAAUACCAUAGGUGUAUUUCUCGGAUAUGGUAACGGUUCUUUUGCAAGUCAAAAUACAUAUUCAACCAGUACUUAUCCAUUCGGUUUAGCUGUUAAUGAUUUUAACAACGAUACCCGACCGGAUAUCGUCGUCACUAAUAGUAUUGAUGGUACUGUUAGUAUUCUGCUCCGUUAUGACAGAGGAGCUAUGAAAAACGAAAUUACAUUUACGCCUAGUGCUGGUGCUCAUUUGGCAUGCGUUGCCAUUUCUGAUUUCAAUGGCGAUAGUCUAUUGGAUAUCAUCGUUGCUAAUUAUGGUAGUAAUAACCUAGGUGUCAGUCUUGAAUAUGAAAAUGGUACUUUUGGAAACGAAAUGAUAUUCUCAACUGGAUUAAAAUCUCAUCCUUAUUCAAUUACAAUUAAUGACUUCAAUAAAGACGGUCAAGUGGAUAUUGCAGUGGCCAAUCAUGGUACUAAAAGUCUUAGUACAUUUCUGGGAAAGGGAAACGGAACGUUUGAAAGUCAAACAAAUUAUAGCACUAGUUUCGAUUUUGCUCCAUUGGCUGUCGGUGUUGGUGAUUUCAAUAGUGAUGGACAUUCGGAAAUUGUUGUUGCAUAUGAUGAUACUGACAAUUUGGAUGUGUUUAUUAUAUAUGACAUCGGAGAUUUUUCUCGUCGAACGACAUAUUCAACUGAUCCUUGGCCAACUUCUGUAGCUCUUGGUGAUUUUAAUAACGAUACUCGACUGGAUUUCGUUGUCACUACUGAGUAUUACGAAAAUGUAGCUGUAUAUCUUGGAUAUGGUAAUGGCUCUUUUGCAAAUCAAAUGACAUAUCUGGCUGGCAAUUAUCCAACCUCUGUGGCUGUUGGUGAUUUUAAUAACGAUGCCCGAUCGGAUCUUGUCAUCACUAAUUAUUUGGACAACACUGUAAGUGUACUUCUUGGAUAUGGCAAUGGCUCGUUUGCAACACAAAAAACAUUUUCAGCUGGCUAUUAUCCAUCUUUUGUAGCGAUUGGUGAUUUUAAUAACGACAGUCGACUAGAUAUCGUCGUCGCUAAUUUGGAUAGCAGCAAUUCUGAUGAAAAUAAUCAAUUACUUUUGCAAAUGCCAGUAAAUGAUUAUAUUAAUGAAAAAGAUGGGUAA